GGAUCUCUCUCUCUCGCUCUCCCGCCUCACUGGGAAUCCGAGGUUUCUCCCAGCACCAACUCCACCACCCUUUUUUCUCCUCACCAUUGGCCAUUUUAUCCCGUUGCUUUGAGGGUCGUAAACAGAGCUUUCUCGUUUCCCAUCUUUCUCUUAUUUCUUGGAAAUCUCGCUGUUUUAAGCUGAACCAAGCACUUCUGUUUUAUUCAUUCUGCUUGUAUAGAGCUGACAUCAACUUGAUAGCACAUAAUCGAUGCAAUACAGUUUCAGUGGUCUGCAAUAAUAAUAAGGUUUUAUGAUUAUUAUUUCAUGGCUACAGUCUCGUAUCUCUGUGAAUUUGGAACCUAGGAAGAUAAAUGCUUUACUAGUUAAUGACUGCAUUCUUGCGUACCAGAAAUCUGCUUUAGCCAAGACUCAUUCUGUUUUGGCUGAUCAUCAGGCUUGAGCAUGGAUGCUAAUCAAACAAUUGCCAGUGCUAUUAAAAAGCCGAAAAAAAGAGGUGUCAAAAAUAAAAAGAAAAGAUUAACUUUUCAAGAUGAAGCCCAGCCUGAAGAGGAUUUACUUUCAAAAGAGUCAAAACAUUUAGUCACAGCAAAGACUACUAGUUAUCUUACCUUUGGCUUUGUUUUUAUUAAAAGCUUACCUUAUCAUAGUCUAGAUAUAGUAGGAGCAACCUAUAACAACAGGAGUAAAAAACUCGUGCUGAUAGACGGAAGAGGAUUUUUCAGUCUGGAUUUGCUACCUUCCACCUGUACUGCUAAAAGAGAGAUGUAUUUUCCAAAGUAUCAAUUUAAUUUGGCAAGAAUCAUCACUUACUCUGAAAAAUACAAUGUUUACUUUGUUCUCCAAAAAGACUUUGCAAUAAAGGUUUACAACAAGAACUAUGCUGAAAUUUGCUCUAUAGAUAAUCCAGGUUUAGGACGAAUGACAUUUAUAUCAUUUAACCCAGUGAAAGAGGAACUUAUCAGUGGAGGAAUCACAGGAGUAAAGACUUGGAAGUUUAAAGAAAAGAAGCUCCCACUUGACUUUAAUCCUAUUCCAAUGUAUAACUACAGUCUUUUCCUUAGUACAGCAUAUCCACACAUGGGGAAGAAAUGGUGUACAAACAUGGAUUUUGAUAUCACUAUGCAAAGAUAUUACUGCUUUUCUGAGGGCCACUUCUUCUGCUAUGAUAUCAAUGGGAAAAUGCUACUUGAGAUACUCAAUGCACACGAACGUUCUAUUCUCUCUUGUGUCUACUCAUCUAACCUUAACAUUUUGCUUACUUCUUCAAAAGGCAAUGAAAUAAAAUCUUGGAAUGACCAAGGCUGCUUGCUCCAUGUAUUUCAAGGUCAUUCCAAAACGGUUACAAAGCUUCUACUGCAUCCAAACACUACUUCUUUAUUUAUCUCUGGAUCUCUAGAUGGAUCAGUCAAACUCUGGUCAUUUGAUACUAUGGAUGCUUUUUACAGUUUAUCCCUCUUCCAAGAAGGAAUACUUUCGAUUGGCACUAUGGAAGAUAAAUUUCUUUACUGCUGCUCUGCUCGCAAUGUUCAUAUUUAUGAUCUGAAUUCAUUCACCAGCUUUUGGAGUCAUGUCAACAGCCCAGUAAAUCACUUCCACAUCUGUAGCGCUGUUGGGAAAUCCAACAGGGUGGUGGCAAUGGGUAUUGAUAACAGUUUAAGAAUAUUCUCUGUUCAAACUGGGAAGAAAUUAUGCACUGUUUUGCCACCUCCUUAUCCCCCUAUGCUGCAGCCAGUUCUCAGCUUUACCUACAACAGGACUUGUGGAACUGUUUAUUUUCUAUUGACACCUUGUGAAAUAUGGAUUUAUACAGCAAGGACUGAUCCUGCCUGUAGAGCAGCAGUAUGGACCACAAGGGAACUACAAGAACAUUUACAUCGAAAACACCCUUUAGCUUCAUGUACUGAGAAAAAUGGAUAUUUUCAACAUACACAAAAAAGGAACUUUAGGACUUCAGUGAAAUGUGAAUGCCUCUGCAGCUUGUCCUCACCACUAUGUUACUUGGUAGAUGAAGGAAUGGUGUAUGCAGAUAAUGAGGAAUUUCUGGUUCUCGGUAUGCAGGAUGGAAGAAUUCUAUUUCUCCAUACAUCUGUUCAAAACUUGGUAUAUUAUGAGAUGGCUACUUACGAAGAUCCUGUCAUCCAUUUGCAACAUGAUAUAAUCCAUCACCAACUGGUAAUCAUGUGCCAGAAACCAAAAUACAAAUUGAUUCACUACAGGAGUCUACCUGCUCUGGAACUGGUCUUUCAAGUUUAUUUGCCGAAUGAUGCCACCGUUUUCACAAGGCUUGACAGAUCACUUUUUAUUGGCCUGAAAUCUGGCAUCGUGGAUAUUUUAAGUAUUCUAGAGGAAAACGAUGAAGUGACAUUUCCUGAAAAAGAGAAAAUAGAAGAAAAAAAUCUUCCAGCAACCUACCAUGAGGGUCCUGUGAUAUCAGUGGAUUCCUGCAAGAGUCUUUCUGUCUUUCUGAGUUGUGGUUCAGAUGCUGCAAUAAAACUAUGGAAUAUUCACAAAGACCUAAUAGCUGACAUCACACUUGAUAAUACUUUAAGCACCGCCUGUUUCCUCAAUAGUUCUGGUGAUAUUUUACUGGCUUUCAAAAAUGAUAUUUAUAUCUUAUAUCACAGUAAAAUGUUACACAUUUUGAGAAGUAGUAUCCAAACUGCCAGAGUUUCAGAAGCAGAAUCCUAUAUUUUUGAAAGCCAGCUUUUAGAUUAUCAAUACAAAAUGGAUGUCCCUAAAUCGAUUGAGAUGGCUUCAUAUCUGGUGCCUUAUAAGGGCUAUGCCUUUACUGAAGAUUUUACAUCAGAGCUGGAGGUUUUGCCAGUGAAGAAAGGAAUGGGAUUCUGGCAGAUACCAGUAGCUCCCUCAAUGAUAUACUUGUCUCCUUGUACCUCAGAGGCAUCUUUAAAAAUGUUUGAUUUCCUUCUCCAAGCUAGAACUCAUGACUUAGAAGAACAAGAUAAAGCUAAAAUGUAUGAAAGAAUGAUUGUGACCAAAGAUAUGAAAUAUAUGCCUGAGCCAAAACCUGAAACACCAGCAAGGUUGGAAAUGCCCUUCUUCGGUGUUUCUCCAACUCCAUCUUUUAUUCAAGUGCCACUUGAGACAACUAAACAGGAAGAAGAGCAGACAGUUGAUAACGUGACUGCAUUAUCCAUAGAGGAGCCAUUAAAAGAAACUUCAGAUAAAACACAGGAGCAAACUUGUGAAGAAGCUUCUCCAAAAGCAGCAGAAGCAGAAAUCAUUCCAAAGCAGCCUUAUUGUUUGCAUAAAAAGACAAAAUCAGACCCAAAUAUUUGUAGAUAUACUUACAUCUAUGAAGGAAAGUUGGAAAAGGAUCCUGGAAAAGACAGACUGCCUAGGAGAGAAACGUAUCCUAAGGAGAAGAUGCUGUUUGAAGAAAAGAUCACAUACUCAAGCUUGACAGAAAUACAGAAAGGAGUGAAGAAACAAGAGCACAAGAAGCAUAAGUCAAGGAAGCUAGGCAAAAGAGGAAAAGUUCGUCUCAUGAAGAAGUCACUGAACCAUAGAAAACCUUUUUCUGCAACAAUGGGUUCUGGAAGAUCAAGAGACAUCACUUGUAACAUACGGCCUCGGUCAGCACACUCUGCAACUUACAUUGGACAAAAAAUAUUCCCUGCCCUUGGACCUCAGGCAUAUUCACCUACUGAAAAAAGGCCAUUUUCAAGAAAGAAAACAGAACAGUGCAAUGAAGGCUAUAAAUCCUCUAAUGAAAAAGAUAUAAGAGUGGUUUUCUUGAGGAAAGAAAAUGAACGAAUCCAGCAAGUGGAAGAACAAAGUUUGAUACAAGAAUUUGAAAGAAGAUCAUUUUCUCACAGAUACUGUUUCACACCUAACAACUCUCAGCAAUAUCAAACUUUAGAUUAUUCCAACAUUGUAUCUGAAUCAUUUUUUGCCCUGAUGAAGCCUUUCAAAAAACUUCAAAGACGCCCAUAUACUGUGAUGGAAGAAACUACCAUUAACCUUCCUAGGGACUUCCCUUACAGGCUGGCCUGGGGGACACCAACCACUCAAGAUCUGAACAUAAAACUCUAUCAUCCUAAACUGAAAUUGAGAAAAGAACACGGAACAAGCAGAGUGGUUCAAGAAAAAGCUUUGCAACCAACCAGAUCAAUUCCAGACAAAGGGAGAUACAUCUUAGUGAACGACCCAAAUUCAUCACCUUCCAUUCCGUCUAUGAGUUCACUGGAAAGCAGGUUGCUCAGUGCUCGUUUCCCUGGACAGAAAGAAAAGAUUCUUCGUUCUCUCUUCUGAGAUAUGCGGGAAGCCAAGUAGUCUCGUCCAUUUCUUUCACCAGCUUCGUUGUAGUGAAUGAGCCAUUUUCAACAUCUUUACUUCUUGCAUACCUUCACUAGAUAGUAAUGCAUAUGUAAAAGCACAUUCUUCCUCCAUUCCCCCACCCCACCCCAAACCAAUGUAAUAGUGCAUUCUCCCUUUAUAGUAUUUGAACAAAUUAACCUGGUUUAAUUAGCCAUGCAAUAACACCAGCAUCUGAGUCUCCACA